CGGUUCAUAAAGUCAAGCCUAAACGGUGAGAAGAUAAGUAGAGAGUCUGGGAUGCGUGGUGUUGUAACGUGUGUAUCACGUUUCCUUUUGACAUGGAUCUGUUCUUGCUGAUAUUAAUAACGCCUCGCUUUGAACAGUCUCUCAGCAGGGACGAAACUGGUUAAAACAGGAGGGAAACUAUCUUUGUUUUCUUCGUCUGCUCGCCAUGUGGGGCUACAGUGCCGUUUCAUAACCGUCACAUCUGCAAGGUUCAGCACUUCACUACAACCAGACUUUAAGCCACCUUCCAUCUUCAGACCUCCAACAAGAUGGAUGUCCUUUCAAACACUGUCUCCAUGUCCAAGCACCUACAUGGAGAAGGCCACUCAUCUGUCUCUCCUCCUGCCAUGUCUAUCGAUAAACUCUUCCCUGCUCUCCUUGAGUGUUUUGGGAUCAUACUGUGUGGCUACAUCGCUGGUCGGGCCAAUAUCAUCACCUCUACCCAAGCCAAAGGUCUGGGGAACUUUGUGUCAAAAUUUGCCCUACCAGCACUGUUGUUUAAGAACAUGGUGUUGCUGGACUUUGGCGAUGUCAUCUGGCCAUUUCUGUGGAGCAUCUUGGUGGCCAAACUGAGUGUGUUCUUUGUUGUGUGUGUAUUGACCCUACUGGUAGCCAGCAAGGACAGCCGAUACUCCAAAGCUGGACUUUACUCCAUAUUUGCCACCCAAAGUAAUGACUUUGCCCUGGGAUACCCUAUAGUUGAAGCUCUAUACAGAAACACCCAUCCAGAGUACCUUCAGUACAUCUACUUGGUGGCACCAAUCUCUCUCAUGGUGCUCAAUCCUAUUGGGUUUGCAUUCUGCGAGGUCCAGAAACGGAGACGUGAGCAGCAGCAGCAGAAGAGUAAACUGCAUGUGGUCGGGGUGGUCUUGAUUCACGUUGUCAAGAAUCCCAUUGUCUUUAUGGUGGUAAUCGGGAUUGCUGCACACUUUGUCCUGGGCCCAAAGAUCCCUGAAUUCAUGCAGGAGUUUGUGGAUGGUUUGGCCAAUGCUUUUGGAGGAGCAGCUCUGUUUUAUCUGGGUCUGACCAUGGUGGGGCAGCUGAAGAAAUUAACUAGGUCCACUGUGGUGGCUCUCAUACUGCUCAUCACUGCCAAAUUACUGGUGAUGCCACUGAUUUGUAGAGCUAUGGUGGAGGUUUUGGACAGUGGGAAUAUUAGCUCUCAAAACCAGAGCAGUCUCUCCAAUUAUGCUUUCCUGUAUGGCGUUUUCCCCACUGCACCCAGUGUGGCCAUUUACGCCAGUCACUACAACAUGGAGCUGCAGGUGAUGACAUCAGGGAUGGUGAUCAGCACAUUCCUCUCUGCCCCAAUAAUGUACGUCUCUGCAUGGUUGCUGACUAUUCCCUGGAUGGAUCCCAAACUACUAGAAUCAGCACUACAGAACAUUAGCUUUAACAUCAGCAUUGUCAGCCUCGUUGCUCUUGUGUGGUGUGUUGCUGUGAGUAUAAUGAGUAAGAAGUUCUGCAGACGUCCACAAAUGUUUACCAUCAAUCUGUUCGUGGCACAGCUGAUGGCAUGUAUAGGUAUGAUCGCUUGGAAGUUUGUGGUGGUUAAGGAUAACUUUGUUGGUCAGGUUUUGACCUUUACUCUACUCUAUGGCUCACUCUACAGCACUUACAUUUGGCCAGGUCUAAUAGCUCUCUCUCUGUUCUUGCUGAGGAGGGAUGAGGAACUGAAAGUGCAGCCUGGAGUUUUAAUGCUGAUUGGUUGGGGAGUGCCAGGUGUAGCAAUAAGUAUCUUGCUCAUGGUGGGAGAGAAGAUGCCAGACACCAUUGACUCCGCCUUCUUUUUCGGUCCACCACAGGUUGUGUGUACAGUGGUCGUGUUGGGUGUGGGUAUAGCUGUAGCUGGAAUGUCCCUCUUGCUGCUCAGCAGAGGCACACAGGAAUAUCAAACCCUUGAGCAUGGCUCUCUGAAUGCCACUGCAAAGGACCGCAAGACUGAGAACAGUACACAAACCCAAAGCACUAUUGAACAGCCCACCAUAGAGGAUGGUAUUAGGAGAGGGUGUCAGGAAUGUGUGUGUAACUGUACUUCAAUUCAGACUGUACCUAAUAUUUGCAACAGCAGUGUGAAGGACACACCAUCUAUACAGCCAGGUCAAUGUGGAAACUGCUGUGACUCCUCUCAUUGUUUGCUGGUAGAAGAGGAACAGAAACAGCAGAGUGCAGACAGACAGGUGGCUAGACAUGUACUUCUCUGUCUUCUACUCACUGUCAGCCUCCUAGCUAAUUUCUCCAGCUACCUCUGGUGGCUCUUCAGUCCAGUUCCAGGCAGACUCUACUUAGAGCUGCAAUUCUUCUGUGCUGUGAUCAACUUUGGACAGGGCUUUAUAUCAUUUGGCAUUUUUGGCCUUGACAAACAUUUAAUCAUUAUACCAUUUAAAAAGAGGUUAGCACGUCUGAUGCAGACUCAGAAACAGGAGGCAGCAGGAUCCUCUGUGUCUGAGGAGAUCAGACUGGCCUGCAAUCAGUUUCUCAAGUACCAUAAAGAAAAAUGUGUCCAGGACAUUGUCCAGGAAAAGAGGUGUGGGGAGCACAGUGUAGCGCACACGUUUCUUGGCAGUGAAAUGGUGCUGUGGCUGCAGACUGUUGGAUUGGCCAAUGACCAGGGGGAGGCACUGCUCUAUGGCUCCCGUCUGCUGGAUGGCGGAGUCAUCCACCACAUCACUCAUGACUAUGAUUUCCAAGACGACGACUUGCAUUACUGUUUCACAGAGGGCUGUGUUGUCCUUAACGCCUGAUAAUAUUGUACCAACAAAAGACAUAACACCUGACUUAACCAUUAGUGUGAUUUAUGGCUUGUUAGGAGUUACACUUACCAUAAACUGACUUGUUUACAGGACGAAAAGGUAUGCAAUUAACAAUGUGAUGCUUUGGAGUACACUAUAUGUAUAUGAUGAUGAUUUGUACAAGGGUACAAUGCACUGAAUAUUUCAAAUACAAUGCAAGACCAUCA